UAACCAUCUCGUGAGAAUUGCAAACCACAUUGGUGAAUUCCUGUUUAAGGAGAGACCCGGUGAUCUAUAAAUUCACUCGUUCCACAGAAGCAGACACAAACGAGCUGGAUAUCAACCCUUUCUAUAAGAUCGGAUAAGAUUCGAUUUAUAAAAAUGAUGCGUCUUGCAGGUUUUGUAGUGCUGUGCUGUGUGGUUAGUAUUUCCAGCGGUCAGGAAAAAUGCUGCAUUGAACCAGACAUGUUCACUCUCACUUCCGGUGCGCUCGUUGGUUGGCACGUAGACCAGUACUUUGGAACGGUCGGGCAAACUAUAUUCAUGGUGUUUGAUUAUACUCAACCACGUUUUCACUUUAACGUAACAAGCGUUGCAGCCGCAAAUACAACAAAUGUAUUGGUGAUUGAUGAUUACAAGCAGAACGUCGAAUGGACUAUUGAUCCCGUUGCACAAAAGUGUCAGAAGGCACCUUUGCCAGAGGGGAAGGAAAUGCCAAAGAAGUGUAUACCAGGUAAUGCGCAGUAUAUUGACCAAGUGAAUAACCCUGGCGAUGUGCUAGUUAAUAGGUGGCUUUAUGAACUCAAAUCUCCAAUGGAAAAUGGACAGGUGUCAGCUGCAGUUACCGUGGACGGGUGUCUACCAACUGGAGGAUCAUUUGUUGGUACAACGAACACUUCCGGACAGGACGUUGACGUAAUGGAAGGCAUUGGCUACUACAACUUUGAAGAGUUAAAUGAUGUUUCAAAAUAUUUUAAGCUGCCUUCGUACUGUGAUUCAAAGUUCAGUGAGCCGAUGAAGACGAAGUCGAUUAAAGCUGCACAGAAGUAUAUCAAAAGAAGAGGAUUUUUGUAAGCCACCAAAUAAACGCGUUAGCAAAAUUGUUGAUCUGAAAGCAAGUGUUUAAAUCCUUUCAUGGUUGAUUUCUUUGCCGAGUUAUCUAACUUUAACAUAAUGUAGGCAAUAAUUUGGUUUGGUUUAAGGAGCUUAAAGAUAUACGGUAGUUUCAUAUAGCAAUACACAAAUUAUUACUGUAACCACAAUAUAGAAUUCCAGGGCAUUCUGCAAUACAGUCUAUAGGCCUAUAUAUCGUUCUCUGUCUCUCUCUCUAUAUAUAUUUAUACAUUGAAAAUACAACAUAAUUAUUUGCAUUAUCUUGUUCGUUACAAACAUGAACAUGCCAAUUCUUAAUUAGUAACGAGCUUUAGUUCGUUAGAGUCUGGUUUCCAUAAAAAAGCUACACUGUCGCUAUAGUGUUUCCAGUGCAAUUACUGUACUGCGUAGCAGUUCCCGACGCAAUCGGGAAGGCUCCCCGAUUCGAUUUAGGAAUCGGCAUUACUGGAAACUGAUAAUUGAUUGUUGUCUGAGUGGCAGAUUGCUUGGUUGUCGUAUUUGUUGGUUGGACGAUUAAUUAAAAUGAUCAUUAUAGAUGAACUUUAAACUUUUGAUACAUUCCACAUUAAAUUACAGUGAUUCAGUUUGAAUUUAUUUUAAUAAACUACAUCGUAGAUUUAAA